AUGAACCGACUUUGCGAGGAAUCGGAGACAUAUCGGAAUCAUAUUCCUUUACUGAUCACUGAAGCGAUUUGCGCUGUUGCUUGCAUGCCUGCCUUUGCAAUGCUGAUGUAUAUUUUCUUCACGAGGAAGCAAAGACCUAUUACCAGCUCGAUGCAUUUCAAUUUUAGAGUACGUUUUGGAGAGAAAAUUUCUUUUUCUUUGGCUCGUGGUUGCGAUAUUAAACAAAUAUAAGGGGCAACACACGGCAAUUUGUUUUUGAAAAAAAUAAAUAUAUUUUUGUCAAAAGCUGGAGCUGCGCCCUAGACUUUUGCAAAUGUUGGGGCCUUUUUAUAAGGAGGCAGCUUUAAACCGAUUUUUGCCGUAAAAAACCGGUUUGUGUGUAAUUAUUUUCUGCCGUUAUAUUACGAUAUUUCUGCGGAGGGGAACAGUUGACCAAAAUGGCCGGGAAGAGACUUGACUCGAUCAUUUUUUUCCAUUUUUUAUGUUUAGACAAAUUGGCGUGGGCAACAGCUACAUACUAUACAUACAAUGCCUUUGAAUCACGCUUUUAUAGUUUGGGCGGCAAAAUGCCAAACAUGUUUUUUCUCGAAAACAAAGCCUGUGCACUUGAAGACGGGAAAAUGUCACCAUAAUUUCUUAUGGUGACAUUCUAUAAUACACGUUUUUGCCGAUACAAUAGGCUAAGUGUUUUUUGAAAACUUUGUUUUGCAAGCUGCAAAAGCGCAAUGAAAGAGAUACUGUAGUUUUUACAGUGUCUUUGAGCAAAAGAACAGAAAAAGUUAUCGCUGAUGAUGGAUUAUCGGUAGUCUGAAAUGUGCCCGUUUUUCUCAAUUUUCGCAAUUCACGAGGAAAGUACCCCAAGUGCGAUGCGGAAUCAGUUUUUCUGUAAAUUUUUCCCUCACUCUGGGCAUAGACCACAUAGCCGAGAUAUUGAACGAGCUUGUGGCCGAGAGAGUACGCGAAAAACGGAGAGCGGUUAGUGUGAAAAAGACUUUCGCCAAUUUUCUGGAGAAAAAAUUGAUUUUUUGUGGAAACACUGCCUUAUACGGUAGAAAUCGAUACAAAAGUUUCCAAAAUAUAUAAAAAAGUGUCACAUUUUUUUCUAAUUUUUGCCCUAAAAAAUCUCGGUCUUUUCUGAAAAAAACCUUUUCCAGCUGCUCCUCUCCAACAUUUGGGUGGUCUUGAUGCUCCAAUUGGGAUUUACAAUCUUCUCGAACGCCUAUUUGCUGUAUUUUCAAAUCUUUGACACUGAAUAUUGCUCCAACGUCUUCUACACAUGGCAAUGCUCGGUGUUGCGAUGGCCUUUGCUGUGGACCGUUCCGGCCAUGAUUUUCAUUCACGGCGCCGCAUUUGUGGAGAGACUUAUGGCGACGCGGAAGUCGCGGAAUUACGAGCAUCGAGGGAAACGAGUGGCACUUGUCGCCAUGAUAGUUUUGGUGAGCUUUAUCAAAAAAAAAUUAAAAUUUUCAAAAUGAAAGGAGACUGUUAUACGUUAAAAAAGUUUUUUUGAAGGUGAAAAAAUUAUACAAUAAAAAAAAUUUUUAAAAAAAAUUUAGGGGUGACAUGUUAUGCGAUGAAAAUAUUGCGCUGUUUUUCAAAAUGAGAUUUUACUAAAUAUUUGUCUAAUGGCUAAUAAUAGCGGCAGUAAGACUCGGAAAAUAAUUUUCAUCGUAUAACAUGUCACCUGUCAUUUUUGAAACCUUGAAUAAAAUUUUCAAAUUUCAAUUUUCUUCACCAUUAAAAAACACAAAUUUAUGAAAAUCUUUUCAUCGUAUAAAAUGUCACACCCCAUUCUUUUCUUUUUUUAAUAAUUUUUUUUGUCGUAUAACAUUUCACCUGUCAUUUUCAAACCAUGACUAAAAUUUUAAAAUUUCAUUUUUUUUCACCAUUAAAAAAUCAAAUUUAAGAAAAGCUUUUCAUCGUAUAAGAUGUCACACCCCAUUCUUUUCUUUUUUCAACAUUUUUUUGUCGUAUAACAUGUCACACUUUAUUUUGAGCCAAAAAUAUACAUAAUAUACAUUUGAAUUCUCUUCUCUGGCCCAAAAGCAUGACUUGAAUGAAACCCCCUAAAUUCCGAUUUCAGUGGCUCAUCACAAUAACCAUCAACAGUUAUGUGUUCAGUGUGCCGGACAUGUUCGAAAAGCUGCCAUAUUGUCUUGCGACUUUCCAGAAAAAUCAAUUGAAAAUCAAAAAAUUCCUCCACCUUCUACUACCGCUGGAGCUCUUGAUCACUUUCGGCGACAUUUGUCUGUGGUGGGUGAAUCGGCAAACCCAAAAGAAGACGUAGGUCAUUUCCAUCGCUUUGACCGGUUAUUUUUAGGGUCUGUUUUAGUGUCUACAGUGAUUACUCGUUGUCGAAGUCGUUCCAACAGUCCGAGAAUACGAUCACAAGCAAAUUGGUGCUGCAGAUUUCGCUAUUGCACUCUGGAUUUUAUAUUAUUUACUUGGUUUCGACGUCGGCGUAUCGGGCGGUCAGCAGCUACGAUGAGCAUCCGAUGACUUUCAUUGUGGUGGUUAUGAAUAUUCACAACGUAAGUGAUAGUUGGUAUCAGUGGCGUGCUUUACGAGUUUGUUUGCAAAGUCGUUGGAGUAAUUUUUGCGACAUUCACUGUGCAAGAAAAGUCAGGACGCGAUUUUUGAUUCAAUCUUUAGCGCGUGACAGCCCAAAAAAACCAAUUCAAGAAGCACCGAAUAGCACAGUGCAAAUUGAAAUAUCAUUCUGUCGGGAAAAUAAUGAGCGCAACGUCGCUGCGCUGAACGUCUCGCCGAAGUGAAAAUCAAUUUGACUUUGCAGCGACACAAUUCAUUUUAUCGGCGACGAGGCGAUUUUCGAUGAGACAGAGUGCUCACAAUUUUCGCGACAGACGGAAAACUCCGAUUCACUUCGAAAACGCGGAAGUUUGCUUUUGAGACUAGUCCCUUUGCAAAGUCGCUGGAGUGAUUUUUGGCGUUUGCACUAUACAGAGAAAGUCAAAAAAAAGCCUGUUGCACAGUGCACAGUGAACUUUUGUUUUCUCACAGUGCAUGUUGCCGAAAAAACACCAGCGACUCCAUGGGCGGAUUACUACUCGCGACAUAAAGUCCGUGAAAUUUUCACAGUGCAUUUCUGUUUGAUUUUUUCAUAGCCGCCGCGACGCACGGCAACCCAGGGAGUCUCCCGCCUCGUUUCGGCGCUUCGCCCCCCUAGUAUCGGUUGAAUUCAAACGAAAUGUCAAAAAUGAAUUUUUCGUGCGGGUUUCCGACCGAAAAACAUUUUUCUCGGAAUUAUUUUAUUUCUCUUGUGAAUUUUGACACUUCGUUUGGACGAAAUUCAAAAGUGGGCGGGAGACAUUUUUGUUCUAUUCUGGGUUGCCGUGCGACGUUUCGUUUUUACGCAAGCGACAUGCACUUUUUCGCGAGGCGACUUCCAGUUUUUCGAGCGAUGUCGGCGAAAAAAUCCUACUACUUUAUCGGUUAGGACUGUUAAGACAUAUCAGUCUGUCGGGAAAAUAAUGAGCCCUCUGUCCCAUCCAAAGUCUCAUUUCCGCCGAGAAAAUUGUGUCGCGACAAAAGCAAAUUGAUUUUCACUUCAGCGACGCAAUUGGAACAACGACAUUGUGCUCAUUAUUUUCCCGACUAAGCGAAAUCAUUUCCCACUUUUCAGAUUGUUGUCCUUGGCCUGACCGUCUGUAUUAUUGUCUAUUUAUGGAGCCUUCGUGUCAUGGAUGAUAAGCGAAAAAUACGGGAGAUGAAUCAGGGAUCAAAGAAGAAUACGGAGAUGUACUUUAUGCUGCUGUACACCCAGUUGAAAUGA